AUGAGCGUGGAACUCGAUGCGUUAGAUCAACCAUUUACGCUUCAUGCACAACUCCACGAUUCUCUAGGAGCAUCUUUAACACCUCGUUCGUCGGAUGCUGAUCCAUCCAACGAGGAAGCUCAUGAUGACCAUGCUAGCGAUCUUUCUCGGAGCAAUGCGGUGAUAUUGAUUAUUACACUCUCCGGCAUCACUUUUGUCGGGAGCAUGAGUAGUGGACUGUUGACUGUCGGACUGCCAACUAUUGCGGCCGACUUGAGCUUACCGGAGAAUCUGUUGCUUUGGCCAGCCUCAGUCUACUCUCUUGCAAAUGGAUGCUGUCUGCUCCUCGCAGGCUCAAUGGCUGACUUGAUUGGAAACCGAAUGAUAAAUAUCAUCGGCUGCUUUCUCCUGGGAUCCUUUAUUCUAGCAUGUGGCGUCGCCCAAACAGGAAUUCAAAUGAUAGUCUUCCGUACUUUCCAAGGCAUUGCAACAUCAAUGUGUCUUCCAACGGCUUUCAGCAUCUUGACCGAUUCCAUGCCAGCUGGAAGACGUCGGAAUAUCGGGUUUGCUUGUUUGGGACUCGGUCAACCCCUGGGAUUUUCAGGUGGUCUUGUUCUUGGUGGUAUUUUCCAAGCUACCUCGUUAGGUUGGAGAUUCGGCUACUAUCUCUGUGCAGGAACCACCUUGGUUCUUGCCAUACUAAACUCUUUCAAAUUGCCAAAGGAUUCAGAACGAGGCCCCAUUUCUUGGCGCACAUUGCGCUCGGAGAUUGACUGGAUUGGAAUUUGUUUGUCGAGCGCUUGCUUGGGCAUCAUUUCCUACGUGUUUGCCACCAUUACGGACAGUCCAUCUAACAUUGGCACACCUGAGAAUAUUGCCUUACUCUGUGUUGCGGGUAUCAUGAUCCCUGCGUUCUGGAUUUGGAUGAAUUGGCGGGAGAAAAAUGGCAAGCCCGCAUUGAUUCCGAACUCUCUAUGGAAAAAUACCGCCUUCGCCUCCGUCUGUGUCAUGGUACUCCUGUCUUGGGCUGUCUUGAACGGGAUGGAAACCAUUCUCAGUCUGUUUUUCCAAGAGGUACAGAAUCUGUCUGCUUUCCAGGCUGCACUUCGAUUCUUGCCAAACGUCAUCAUUGGAAUGGUACUUAAUGUGGGUACGGGACUUCUGGUGCAUCGCCUGCACGCAAAUCAUCUCGUCCUUGUUAGCACAGUAUUAAGCGCUGGAUCACCACUCCUGAUGGCGAUCAUCAAUCCAACCUGGUCGUGGUGGUAUUGUGCUUUCUGGGCUAUGCUCCUUGGUCCUCUUUCUGCAGAUGUCAUCUUCACAGUUGCGAACUUGAUCAUCACCGAUGCAUUUACUCCAAAGACACAGGGCCUCGCUGGUGCAGUAUUCAAUACGAUCGCACAGUUCGGAACAUCUAUCGGGCUGACCAUUUUUGCCAUCAUUUCUGCGGGUGUCACCCAAGGUUCCAUUUAUUCAAACAAGGGCUCACCGGAAGCCUUGAUGGCAGGCUAUAGAGCUGUAUUCUGGACCUGCUUUGGGUUAAUGAUAGCGGCAUGUGGCGUUGGAGCCUUGGGGCUGCGAAAGGUUGGAAAGGUAGGGUUGAAGAGAGAGUGA